AUGAUUUCUUGGGAAAAUCUAUACCAUGUAUUAUCAAACGUGGUACCACUAUAUGUCGUAAUGAUCUUAGCUUAUAGUUCAGUAAAGUGGUGGAAAAUAUUUACCCCAGAUGAAUGUCUAGGGGUUAACAGAUUUGUAGCCCUAUUCGCGGCUCCAUUUCUAUCUAUCAAGUUCAUCUCAAACAACAAUCCUUACGCGAUGAACUAUCAAUUUAUAGCAGCAGAUACACUACAAAAAGUCGUAGUCAUGUUGAUCCUAUUUUUAUGGUGUAAGCUAAGUUCAAGAGGCUCUCUAGAGUGGUGCAUCACACUAUUUUCUCUUUCGACUUUAACAAACACACUUGUUAUGGGCAUCCCUUUGUUAGAAGGAAUGUACGGCGAAAAUCCCUCUAAAUCUUUAAUGGUGCAAUUAUCUGUGAUACAAUUUACUGUUUGGUUUCCUUGUUUGUUGUUCUUGUUUGAAUAUAGAAGAGCAACAUUAUUAGUGCCACAAAAAUGUUGUGAGAAUAAUGAAAUUGUUGUGAAUGGUAAUGGUUCUCUUGGAUCUUUUCGGAAUGGUGGGAGUUUAGGGUUUGAUGAGGAGACUCGAAUUGGUGUUGGUGAAGCUUCUCUUCCUAUUGAAUCAAGUGAGAUUAAUGAGGCUAAUCGAAGAGGUAACGAAAAUCUGACUAAUGAUGGUCACGAUCAUGAUCAUAGAGGGAAUACUAACCCUAAAGGCUCAACUUUGAUAGAAUUGGGUACUAGAUCGAUGAUGGUUGAUCAGGUCCAUCCUGAAACUGUGGCUCAACUCGAACCCAAACCCAAGGAAACAAUCCCUGCUGGUGUGGCAACCAGGCUGAUUUUGAUCAUGGUUUGUAAGAAACUAAUCAGGAACCCUAACUUUUACUCUAGUGUUAUAGCCCUUAUUUGGUCCUUAAUCUCAUUCAGGUGGCAUGUUCAAAUUCCUGCAAUUGUGGACAACUCAAUUAAAAUUCUCUCUGAUGCAGGAUUAGGGAUGGCAAUGUUUAGUCUUGGUUUGUUCAUGGCUUCACAACCAAGGAUCAUUGCCGGCGGGAAUGCAUCGGCUGCCCUUGCUGCGGCGAUGAGGUUCCUCGUCGGUCCUGGUAUUACGGUAGCUACUUCAUAUAUUGUGGGGUUAAGAGGAACCCUGUUACAAAUCACCAUCAUGCAGGCAGCUCUGCCACAAGCAAUUGUCCCUUUCAUCUUUGCUCGAGAAUACAAUGUUCAUCCUGGCUUUCUUAGCGCUGCGAUUAGCUUUGGCAUGUUGAUAUCUUUACCAAUUGCAUUGGUUUAUUACAUCUUAUUGGGGCUUAUUAUAAAGUGA